AUGAAUCAUGCUGCAGCUGCAUUCUUUGCUCUUCAUCUACGAGUACUCGAGUAUGUGUGGAUAGUAUAGAAUUUCCCCCCUAGGUAUGUUGGUGAGGCUAGCGAGAGCUAACCUCGAGCUUCACAUGGCAAUUGUAGGAGCCAAGCUAUCCCUGUGAGUUUAGAUAUGACGUGCAAACCAUCGACAACCUCAGGAAGACGUCGACGUCCUGUGAAAGGGCACAGGAGCUGCAUCUCCAACGCAGGGAUGUUGCAACUGAUACACCUGCAACCUCAAGCUUGACUCUGGUCUCUGACUCUCUGGAGCUCUUCCCUGCCAUACUCGUACUUGGUACGGAACGGACGACGCGGAGUAAACAUCCUUUUUCGCUGUUGGUUCCUGCCCAGCCGGAACUAUAUGGGAAUGCUGAAUAA